AUGUGCUGCCUUGUCAGUGGUGCCUACCUUGCAUUCGGUGCGGCGCCGCCUCGUACCGCGCAUCGGCAGAGCAGUUUGCUGCGUCCGAUUAUCCGUUCUUCGGUGUCGACACUGCUGCUGUUUGCGGGGCCCAUCGCGGAUGCGUGUCACCAGGGGACCUUCGACACCCCCGAGAGCACGUUGCGGUUGUGGCGAAACUAUGUGAUCUGCCCGAUUGGGGAAGAGCUGUUCUACCGCGGCGUUCUCUUCUCGCUUCUGCACCGCCGCUCCUCUCCAGCGCGUAUUUUCGUUUCGGCCUUCCUCUUUUCGCUUUCCCACAUGCACCACCUUGUUUCCAUGGCUUGUGACGCGUACAGAAACGGCGAGGACAAAGGCGUGGCUGGUAGCGACCGCGACGAGAAAGAGCGUGCCUGCUGGCGCUCAGCGGGGCACGCCAUGUGCGGCAUCGUUGUCUUUACUGCGCUAUUCGGCCUUCUCAGCGGGUACUAUUAUGAGCAUGUGUGUGAGCGUAGCAUUAUCGCCAUCGCUGCAGCCCACGCCCUGUGCAAUGCCAUUGGUCCUCCCGAGUUUAUGGUUCUGCGGAGCCGUCACUGCACUGUGCGUGAGAAGGUGGCAAGCGCAGCGAUCUAUGUCGCUGGUAUCGUAGGAUGGGCGUGGACACUGUGGCGCUACUGA